CAAGUUCAUAUAAUUCAAAACCAAAACCAACCAUGGACCGAGAAGAAGCUCGACCACAACGAGUCAUAGUAGCGAUGAAAGGCCACCCUGGCUCGGGCAAAACCACGCUAGCUCGGUUCAUAGCCGCAUCGCUAGGGUGCCCACUCAUCGACAAAGAUGACGUGCGUGACUCGACUUUUACAAUCGAGUCACAGCUAGCGUCCAACACCACUGUCCAAAAACUCCUUAACCAUCUUUCAUAUGAAGUAAUAUGGCGAAUGGUCGAGACCCAACUAAGUCUUGGCCUUAGUGUUGUCAUCGACUCGCCUCUUUCCCAUCGGGCACACUUGGACCGGCUGGCUAAGCUAGCCGAGUCUUUUGAGGGCACUCAACUCGUGGUGGUUGAGUGCAAGCCCGAAGACGAGGCUGAGUGGCGGCGACGGCUGGAGAAUAGAGGGAAAAAUGGUUGUGAUGGAAGCUGGCAUAAGCCGGCCACGUGGCGGGAUUUGGAGAGGCUGUUGGAGGGGUACAACGGGUGCACUGAUUAUGAUGUGGGUGAGGUGCCGAAGCUGGUUUUGGACACUACGGCGAAAGAUGUUAAAGUCACGGAGCAUGCUGAGUUGGUGUUGAGGUUUCUUGAUGCCUGUGCUCACUGAUCAUAUUUGUAUGUAAAGUUUGACUAAUAAUAAGUCGUAUUUUAGUAAUUAGUAUC